AACUUUAAAACCAACAAAAUGAAAGUUUUGAUCUUAUUAGCUCUCUUUGCUCUGUUGGCCACCACUUACGCCACUGUCAUCACAGCCCCGGCCAGCUAUAGCUACUCCGGCGGCUAUGCCCUGCCCUACAACUAUGGCUACUAUGGUCUCGGUCUUGGUCUCAACAGCGGCUAUUACGGCCUAAACUCUGGCGCCGUGUCGUACACUCAUCCCGUCUAUUCGUCCUCAUAUGUGGUACCGUCGGUCAGAUAUACGGCACCCGUCAGCUAUGGUAGCUAUAGCUAUGGCUAUCCAGUGGGCGGACUCUUGUAUAAAAAGUAGUAGUUUUUAC